AUGUCAUCGGAAUUACCAGAUCACCAAGAGUUGCGAGAAGAUAAAGAACCUACUGUGGUUUCUUCUACCCCGGAUUAUACUACUGAGACUCAGGAGAAGACACGACUACUUGACGAAAUUCGCAAAUAUCCCAAACUAUCCGCUUAUUCGCUCGGCUUAGCACUUGCCUUCCUACUCACCGGCUACGAUACUGUUAUCCUUGGAACCAUCACCGCUGUCCCUUACUUCAAACGAGAAUUCGGCGAGCUUUACGACGGCUCUUUCAUCAUCCCUUCAUCAUGGCUAUCUAUCUGGAGUGCAUUCGGCCCAAUCGGUUCGAUGGCAGGUGCUGCCGCCGCUGGAUGGUUUCAAGAUCGACUGGGUCGUCGCUGGUCUCUUGCAGUUAGUUGUGUGGUUUGUGCCGUCGGUAUCGCGAUCGCGUUCUGCGCGAACCUACCCGCUGCGAUGGAUUCUCGACGAGGAACCUUCCUCGUCGGGCGAGCCGUGCAGGGUCUGGGAGUUGGUGGUGCCAUGGCUGGUGCCCAAACAUAUCUUUCCGAGACUGUCCCAACUACCUUGAGAGGAUCUGCGAUGGCACUUUCACCAACAUUUAUGCUUCUUGGUGAACUCAUUGGUGCUGCUGUGAUCUAUGGUUGUGAGCAUAAGGACUCAUCAGCUGCUUACCUGAUCCCUUUUGGCACGCAGUGGGUCACUACUUUGCUUCCAUUCAUAAUCGCUGUCAUCAUGCCGGAAAGUCCUUCUCACUUGCUGCGCAAGGAGCAGUACGACGAAGCACACAGCGCCAUGAAGAAACUUCAUGGUUCCAAGAAGGAUGUUUCCCCUCUUGUUGAAGAGCUGCGUCUAUCAAUCAUUCAGGAAGAGCAUCUAUCAGCUGAGCUCUCUUACUGGGACUGCUUUAACAGCGUGAACCGUCGACGAACCCUUAUCGUGGCAUUUGCAUUCACAGUACCCAGUCUUUUCGGUGUUCCUCUUUUGUCAAGCGCCAGCUACUUUAUGCAAGUUGUCGGAAUGUCUUCAUCUCUCAGUCUUAUCGUUCUAAUCAUCGGCAUUAUCUUGGGUCUCAUUGCUAAUGGCCUUGGUGUCUGGCUCAUGAGCCGAGUUGGGCGGCGUCGCUUGAUGCUUACUACGUUGGCAAUUUCGACUGUAAUUUGGUUGAGCAUGGGAAUUGCGGGAUGCUGGUCUGGCGAUGUUGUCAUUUGGUACACCGCUGCUUGCAUGAUGGCUGUUGUGGCUGUCUGUGGAAUGGGCGCCUGGCCCGCCUCAUUCGCUGUUUCUGGAGAGGCCUCUGCGCUACGUCUUCGCGCUAAGGCCCAGGGAGUGGGAGUCCUGUGUUACAUGCUGUCAAACGUUGUUUUCAACCUCGUUCUGCCUUACAUCUACAACACCGAUGAAGGCGAUCUGAAGGGCAAGACAGGCUUUGUAUAUGCUGGUUUGUGCUUCAUAGCCUUUGCUGUGACCUGGCUCGUAGUGCCUGAAAUGAAGGGCCGUACAGCAUUGGAGAUUGACGCAAUGUUUGAGUCGAAUAUCCCCACUCGGGCCUUCUCAAAGUGGUAUAAUGAGGAGACACGUGUCAAGGGUGAUGAUGUAUAG